ACACCAAUCGAACACGCGUUGUUUUAGUAAACAAAAACAUUUCUGAGCAGGAAAAUGAGCAUUUCCGUGGAAAAUAGCAUAAAACUCUACAUUGGUGCUGAUAAAAGUCAUUUUCACGAGAUAUUCGUGAUUCCUCAUUCUCUGAGACAUCCUGAAUGGCCAGGAGAGAAAACCAUCUGUUUAGUGAACAUCCCGGCAUACAUAACAGAGGACAAUCUCAAAGGAUUGUUUUCCAAGUUUGGAAAUGUGGAAAAAGUGGCAAUUUUCACUAGCAUAAAGGACUUUCAGGCUUUUACAAAAUCUCCGGAUGAUCACAAGAAUUCUCAGGAUUUCCGCUGGAAGAUCGCCUUUAUGGCCUUCAAGACAACCACCAGUGUGGACAAAGUUCUCCAGGCGAAGAAACUCAUCGCGGAGAAUGUUCUCCUGGGUGUCCAGAGAUGGAUUUCAAACUACAAAGCACAAUAUCCGAGUAGUGAAGAAAUGCAGAGUGAAAUCGAGAGUUUCAUGGCGAAAUUUGACCAGGAAAAGCGUGCUGCUGAGCAGGUGGCGAGAAAUCAGACAGCCGAUGACGAAGGAUGGGUGCAGGUGUCACGAAAGUCCAGCAGAGAUGCUUUCAAACUCACCGAGAAGAGUAUUCAGAACGUGACAGAGCAGCAGGAGGCGAAGAAGAAGCGAAAGGAGCUGAAGAACUUCUACAGAUUCCAAGUCACGGAGUCCAAGAAGCAGCGGAUAGUGGAGAUGCGGAAGAAGUUCCAGGAGGACAAGCAGAAAGUGGAGAAGAUGAAGUCAUCUCGUCGUUUUAGACCAUUUUAG